GGUACUCGAGACUCGAGUGUGUCGCGGUCCGCGGUUCAGUCACGCCCGAUACGCCGUCAAUCUUCGACGUCGCCGCCGCCGCCGCCGCCGCCGCCGAACUUACAUGCCAAUAGAGUUUUCCCCACGAUCUCCGCCCCGUCACGUCCGUCGACCGAUUUUAGUUUUCUCGUCCCGCAACAACUAGUGGUCGCGACGUCCCGUUCAAGUCUCCAGACGCGACGACAUGGCCAAUUACGUUUCCACAAAAUGUACUCCUACCGUAUUUGCAUCACCAAAUUUUGAUGCAAAAGAAGAUGCGAUUGCUCUUAAAAAGGCAAUGAAAGGCUUUGGAUGUGACCAAAAAGUCAUAAUUGACGUGAUCGCAAAUCGAGGCGUUGUGCAGCGCAUUGAAAUCGCAGAGGCCUUCAAGACGUUGUACGGAAAGGAUCUGAAAAAAGAAUUAAAAAAUGAACUAAGUGGACACUUCGAGGACACCGUGUUGGCCAUGAUGACGCCACUUCCGGACUUGUAUGCAAAGGAGUUGCAUGACGCUAUCUCCGGAAUAGGCACCCACGAGGAAGUGCUCGUUGAGAUAUUGUGUACCUUGAGCAAUUUUGGUGUACGGACAGUUACCGAAUGUUACGAAAAACUUUACGGGCAUAAUCUCGAGAAGGAUAUUAAAGGUGAUACAUCGGGCCAUUUCAAACGUCUAUGCGUAUCUUUAAGUAUGGGAAAUCGAGAUGAAACACCUACUGUUGAUGAGAACGCGGCGCGUAUAGAUGCCGAGGCUUUGUACAACGCAGGAGAAAAAAUAAAAUGGGGCACGGACGAAUCUGAAUUCAACAGGAUUUUGGUUACUAAAAGUUACCAGCAUUUGAGGCGCGUAUUUGUGGAGUAUGAAAAAUUGGCUUCUAAGGACUUGGAAGAAUCAAUUAAAAGCGAAUUUUCUGGAGAUAUUUGCAUGGGCCUACUGUCCCUGGUGAAGUGUGUGAAAAGUAAAGUCGAAUUCUUCGCGGAGCGUUUGCACAAGAGUAUGGCCGGCUUGGGAACAGAUGACAAAACACUUAUAAGAAUCGUCGUGUCCAGAUCAGAAAUUGACCUAGGAGACAUAAAACAAGUGUUCGAAAAGAAGUACGGUAAAAGUUUGGAGUCGUGGGUAACCGGAGAUACCUCUGGAGACUACAGGAAAUUAUUGUUAAAAAUUAUCGCUUAAACGACGGUUUAAUUUUAAAUUUUUUCACAGGUGACUUCAUUUAUACAUCAAAUUAUUAUUUAAAUCAUUAUAUUAUUGUUAUUUAAUUAAGUUUCAUCAAUUAUUUUAUAUUAUAUACCUACAUUAAUUUUAAUUGUUAAGUAAAGUACGUAUAGCAACUACAUUAUAUUGUGAUUUUUUCUAAAAGCGUAAACCUAUUGGAUUUUUAUACUUAUAUUGCUUAAUUUUACUAUACGUAAUAAACCUAUUUAUUGUUUAA